CGAGAUCGCGGCAGUCAGUCAGUCUCCGGUCCCGUGUAUCACCGUCGUGGUCCGCUUGUGCAACGAGAACGAGCAUAACGGCCGCCCGCUAUACCGCAGUGCAUGUGCGUGCGUACAACAGUGUUUCGAGUGUGUGUAUCGCGAUUUAUACCGUCGCAGCCGUCGCUUGUCGUAAUAUUACGUAUGUAUAUAAGUACGAUUAGCUAUAUAUUAUAAUAUAUAUAUAAUACCUACCACGGCCACCCCGUGCGCGGGGGGGGAAUGUAUGCUUGGCAUCCGGCCAACUGCGCGUAAAAAUACGUAAAAUAUAAUAUAACACGCGACAGUACAAUAGUAAUAAGGAUAUAUCGGUUAAAUGGCUUAUGCUUUUCGGAUGUCUAGCUGAAUUCAAUUAACAUUUGUUACAUAAUACAUUAAUUGUGUAUACAAGAGGGAACGUCUUUCGUCGAAAAAAAGAAAAAAUCAGAUCGCGAUGGUGUACCGUAAUAACGUCCAUGACGUUGCGUCUCAUUAUGUCGUGGUUAGCGUAGUCAUCAUCUUGUCUUUCGCGGUCUUUUCGUGGGCGCCCGCCGACGCCGAUCCGUCGGAUACGUCCGAUCCGUGCUACGACGGAGAUCGGGCUCGUCGGUGCGUUCCCGACUUUGUCAACGCCGCUUAUGGCGGUCACGUGGAGUCUACCAGCACGUGUGGCGUGAGUGGUCCCGAGCGAUACUGCGAGCUGGGCCCCACGUCCCAGGGUGUCUGCCACACGUGCGACGACACACAGCCCAAACGCCGUCACCCGGCCGCCUACCUGACCGACCCGAACAACCCGUACAAUGCCACGUGCUGGCGGUCCGAGACGCUGUCCGCGCAACCGGUGGACCCGGCAUCGGCGUUACCACCGCCCGAUAACGUGACGCUCACACUGUCGCUGGGCAAAAAGUACGAGCUCACGUACAUCAACCUGCAGUUCUGCCCAAAGGCCGCCAAACCGGACUCUAUAGCAGUGUACAAGAGCAUGGACUAUGGUAAGACGUGGCAACCGUUCCAGUUCUACUCAGGGCAGUGCCGCAAGGUGUACGGCCGGCCAAACCGGGCCAUCAUCACCAAGGCCAACGAGCAGGAGGCCCUGUGCACUGACUCGCACCGAUUCAACGGGGCCGGGUCGUCGGCGUCCCGGGUCGCGUUCAGCACGUUGGAGGGCCGGCCCAGUGCCAUCGACUUCGACAACAGCCCCGUGCUACAGGACUGGGUGACGGCCACCGACGUGAAAAUAAUAUUCAACCGGUUGCACUUCCCGUCCGCGCCUCCGGACUCGCCUGCCGGCGCUGCGGCAACCACCGCUAGCACCACCUCCAGCACCACCACCAGCACGACCACCAGCCUUGGCGCCACCGGGUUGGAUUUAAAGUCAGAUUCGGACGAACCACUUAACGGCAACAAGACGGGUGCUGAUUUGCUCAUGCUGAACCCGGAUCAGGAGUUGCAGGGACAUGAACCUGAAAAGACCACCGUUGUCGUUCCAGUGACCACCGCGUCGCCGUCCGCCGGCCGCACGUACCAUUAUGCGGUGUCCGAUUUGUCCGUGGGCGGCCGGUGCAAGUGCAACGGACACGCGUCCAAGUGCAUACCGUCAGGUCCCGGGGCGUCGCUAGUAUGCGACUGCAAGCACAACACCGCUGGACGAGACUGCGAUCGGUGCAAGCCAUUCCAUUUCGACAGGCCCUGGGCUAGGGCCACUGUUCGCGAUCCCAACGAAUGUAAACCUUGUAACUGCAACGAACAUGCAAAACGAUGCCGGUUCGACAUGGAGCUAUACAAACUGUCGGGUCGGGUGAGCGGUGGCGUGUGCCUUAAGUGUAGACACUUCACGGCUGGCAGAUACUGUCAUUACUGCAAGGAGGGAUACUACAGGGAUCCUACUAAGCCCAUAACACAUCGAAAGGCUUGUAAAGCAUGCAACUGUCAUAUUUAUAACUUGACGACUGGCAUUAUAGAUUGUAGUUUUCUUUCAAGUAUAUUAGGAUUUAGCACAAAGCAUUGCAUUAUACAUGAUAUAUUAUUAUAA